AUGGUUACAACAUUAGCAUUAACUCCCCUUUCAGUUCGGGUUUUUGAUCCCAAUACAGAAAAGUUGGUGAAGGGCGUUGAAUCUUUAAAAGAAAAACUUGGCGAGGAUCCCUCUGCAACUACAAGUUCAGACGUUGGAGAAAGUAUUGCGCUUCAAGAUAUUAUUAACAGAAUAUAUCAGGGAGAGAAUAUAGACGACACAAUUAAGGGCGCAGACUUGGUUAUUGAGGCAAUAGUUGAAAGCCUCACGGCCAAGUUGGAGCUUUUUUCAAGUAUUUCGCGGUCUCCUGUUUUGGCGCCACAUACGAUUCUUACUUCAAAUACCUAUUCUUUGAGUAUCUCCAGGAUCGCACAAUCUAUCAUGCCAAAGCGGGAGCUUUUCGGAUUGCAUUUUUUCAACCCGGCCCCCAAAAUGAAGCUCGUUGAAAUAGUGAGAGCAAAUGAAGAGGCCAACCCCGAAAAUGAGCAUGCAAACAUCCAGCUUUCGUCUCUUGUGGAAUUUGUCAAGCGUCUUGGAAAAGAGUCAAUUGUGUGCAAGGAUUCUCCAGGGUUUGUUGUCAAUAAGCUUCUUAUCCCCUAUUUGACGGACGCAAUUCGUCUCCUUGAAGAAAAAGUAGCAUCUAAAGAGGAUAUUGAUAAGGCCAUGAAGCUGGGCGCUGGAUAUCCCAUGGGUCCGUUUACGCUAAUGGACCUUAUUGGAUUAGAUACCAUCAAGAGCGUUAUCGAUGGAUGGGCUGCUUUGGAUAAGACCGGCCAAUCACUAAGACCCUCCCCUCUUUUGCAAGCAAUGGUCCAGCAGGGAAAGCUUGGGAAAAAGUGUGGCGAAGGCUUUUAUUCGUAUGCAAAAAAGCACCGAGUUUUUUGA